GUUUUCGCUUGAACAGAGACUCUAGGCUGCUCUGCUCCUGCCAAAAUGAUAAAUACAUUGGUUUUGCCUAGGCCUAUUGAAGCAUUGAAGUUGUCCUCUACAAAAUUUGACUUGUCAAGAAAAUCAAAGUACAGCACACCGAGGAUGGAACUAACCCUGACUCAACCUGAUGAUUGGCAUCUUCAUCUCCGUGAUGGUGACCUUCUUCAAGCUGUCGCCCCUCACAGUGCAAAGCACUUUGGAAGGGCAAUAGUAAUGCCAAAUUUGAAGCCUCCUAUUACCACCACCACUGCUGCUAUUGCUUAUCGAGAAUCAAUCUUGAAAGCAUUGCCUACUGAUGGCAAUUUCACUCCACUAAUGACACUAUAUUUAACAGAUAAAACCAGUCCCAAUGAGAUCAAGCUUGCUAGAAAGAGCGGAGUUAUCUUUGCUGUUAAGCUGUACCCUGCUGGCGCUACCACAAACUCUCAAGAUGGUGUUACAGAUCUGUUUGGGAAAUGUCUACAUGUUCUAGAAGAGAUGGUUGAGGAAAACAUGCCGUUACUGGUUCAUGGAGAGGUCACAGAUCCUAAUGUUGAUGUUUUUGAUCGGGAGAAAGUGUUCAUUGACACUGUUUUGCAACCUUUAAUUCAAAGGCUUCCAAAAUUAAAGAUUGUGAUGGAGCAUAUCACCACUAUGGAUGCUGUUAGGUUUGUAGAGUCUGGUAAAGAAGGAUUUUUGGCUGCAACAGUUACACCGCAACAUCUUAUUCUCAAUAGAAAUGCCCUCUUCCAAGGAGGAUUGCAGCCUCAUAAUUACUGCCUUCCUGUACUUAAAAGAGAAACCCACAGACAGGCUAUUGUUUCAGCUGUGACUAGUGGAAGCAAAAGAUUUUUCCUGGGAACUGACAGUGCUCCCCAUGAGAGAGAAAGAAAAGAAUGUCCUUGUGGUUGUGCUGGCAUUUACAAUGCCCCUGUUGCGUUAUCGCUGUAUGCUAAGGUCUUUGAAGAGGCAGGUGCACUUGAUAAACUAGAAGCAUUUACAAGCUUCAACGGACCGGACUUCUAUGGUCUCCCGAGAAACACCUCGAAAAUCAAAUUGACAAGGAAUCCAUGGAAGGUUCCGGAGUCUUUCUCGUUUCCUUUGGGCGACAUCAUUCCUAUGUUUGCAGGUGAAACACUUGAGUGGCAACCAUGCUUCCCUUGAUUCUAUCUUCUAAGGUUCAAAGAGUAAAGAGCUAAUAAGACUGAGAACGAUAAGCCCGAGCAUGAACUUCGAUUCACUCGGUUGCAUGCUGUUACAACAUCGAAAAGGAUGUUAGUUUCAAUACGUCUAAGUUUACAUUA